GUUCUCUUCCCGUUUUUUUUUCUUCGUUUCCUUCCGCUGGCCUUGUCUUGUGUGGUGGCUGCGAUUCUGGGCAAUUCAUAGCGGGGACUUGGAAAUUAUUCUAGUCUAAUGGACGUGCGGAUCCGCUCCACGGUUAUGCUUCAUCCAGUCGACCGGGAUGCAAAGGCGAUUAUUUCACUCUGCUGUGGCUUUUUCAUGAAAAAUAUCGGAUUCGGUGCGUAAAAAUACUCGGGGAGGACGCAUUUAAACGCGGCUUUUUUUUUUUAGGUGUGAUGAGACAAAGGAACAAAGGAUGCCUUAGAGGAGAGGUUGCCUAUAUGCCUGGAAACCUCUUCAAAGCACACCGCCAAAUGGAUCUAACGCCUCCCCCUGCCACCUCUAGAUCAUGAUACUUGGCUGAAGCUAUUCCGCUAUCUUUAUGAUCCCUCCUCCAUCUAUGGCGAACUAUAGCCAUGCAGGGGACCACACCAUCUUGCAGAAUGUCUCUCCUCUCGCCACGUUCCUCAAACUGACCUCUCUGGGUUUCAUCAUUGGAGUCGGUGUGGUCGGAAACCUCCUGAUCUCCAUCCUGCUGGUCAAAGACAAGAGCCUGCACCGGGCGCCCUACUAUUUCCUGCUGGACCUGUGCGCCUCCGAUAUCCUGCGCUCCGCCAUCUGCUUCCCCUUUGUCUUCACCUCAGUCAAGAAUGGAUCUGCCUGGACCUACGGCACACUGACCUGCAAGGUGAUCGCCUUCCUGGGUGUGCUCUCCUGUUUCCACACGGCGUUCAUGCUCUUCUGCGUCAGCGUCACGCGCUACCUGGCCAUCGCGCACCACCGUUUCUACACCAAGAGGCUGACUUUCUGGACGUGCUUGGCCGUCAUCUGCAUGGUGUGGACGUUGUCAGUGGCGAUGGCGUUCCCGCCGGUGCUAGACGUAGGGACGUACUCUUUCAUCCGGGAGGAGGACCAGUGCACCUUCCAGCACCGUUCCUUCAGGGCCAAUGAUUCGCUGGGCUUCAUGCUCCUGCUGGCGCUCAUCCUCCUGGCCACACAGCUGGUUUACCUCAAGCUCAUCUUCUUCGUCCACGACCGUCGAAAGAUGAAGCCCGUCCAGUUCGUGCCUGCUGUCAGUCAGAACUGGACCUUCCACGGGCCAGGCGCCAGCGGGCAGGCGGCCGCCAACUGGCUGGCUGGAUUUGGUCGAGGCCCCACCCCGCCUACUCUGCUGGGCAUCCGGCAGAACAGCAACGCGGCAGGCCGCCGGCGUCUACUGGUUUUGGAUGAGUUCAAAACAGAGAAGAGGAUUAGUAGGAUGUUCUACAUCAUGACGUUUUUCUUCCUGGCGCUGUGGGGGCCCUACCUGGUCGCCUGCUACUGGCGGGUUUUUGCGAGGGGCCCUGUGGUCCCUGGAGGCUACCUGACAGCAGCCGUUUGGAUGAGCUUUGCCCAGGCUGGGGUCAACCCUUUCAUCUGUAUCUUCUCCAACAGGGAGCUCCGGCGCUGCUUCAGCACCACACUCCUCUACUGCAGAAAAUCCAGGUUACCAAGGGAACCCUACUGCGUUAUAUGAUGGUUUUGCUGUGGGUUUUUUCUCUUCUAUGUCUCUAUUACCCUGAUUGAUCUUGAUCUGGGCUCGUUCCCGUUGUACAGCGCACUCUCUCUUUCUAUCUCUCUUCUCUUCAUCCUCCAGCUCCUCCUGUUCCUCCUCCUCCUAACCCUUCUUUUCAGAGGUGGAAGGUGGACUUGCCAGUCACGUGGCUCCGUUGGGGUGAUUGAGUUUGAAAACGUAUCAAAAACGUGGAGAUUGAAGGGAAUGGGAAUACGCAGGAGGUAUGGAUCCCCUCCUGUGUUUAUGUUCUAGUAAACAGACAUUGUGGAAGGCCAUGCCAAUGCAGAGAAGCAAAAAGUUGAAAAAAAAACAAAAGCGAAAAAACAAAAAAAAAAGAUUUGAGAAAACAAUGAAAACGAAACCUCUUGCUUUGGAUAUUUUGAAGAUGCGUUAUUCUGUGAGGUGUGAAAUACAUAAAUAUGAAAAGAAAAAGAAAAAAAGAACACAAAACAAAGAAAUGAUACCUCUCAAGGAAUCACUGGAAAGGUUUUACAUUUUAAGAGUUGCACUACAAAGAAGAUGUAAAGAUGCUUUUUUUGGGUCAACAGUUGCCAGUUGCAUUGCAAGGACAACUUUUUGUCUUUUUUUUGUUUUUUUUUUCGUCCCCCCCAAACUAAACAAUGAAUGCUUUAAUUUGCAACAGACUACACAAUCGCUGUAAGUAAAGCAAAACUUGGUGACUGUUGGAAUACACCAUCACAAGAGGAUAAAAUGGUUUUAAUGUAAGUGA